CGUGAUCGUGAUAGGACGCGCGGUCGUCUCUUGAAAUCCGUCUAACUUUUUCGAGGGAACGUUGCCGCACACAUCGCGCCUGACUUUGCAGUCGUCGUUGUUGUUAUUUUAAUUUGUUUUUUUUUUUUUGUGUUCUUGCGGUGCCGCUUCGCGAUUGUGAAAAGUGUGUUUCUAAGAAUCGUAUGUGUGAUCGAUUGUGCCGGGAACGUGCAAAUAGAGUAAAGUGAAAUUCUUGCGAGUUCUCAUGUUGACAGAAUUAAAGUUGAUUCGAAUGCGUUUUAUAUGCUCGUCGAGUGACGAUUGUCGAUUGGAAGUCUCGAAUUACCAUGUGCCAGUAAAUCAAAAUAGUUUAAUGUUUGCUAAGUGAAAAUGAAGUGAUAGUCUACGUUUAAAACUUCACUUUGAGCAAUUAGUGGAAUCGUUAGAACUGUGGCUAUAUUCAACAAAUUCCUGUUUUUUCAAAUCGAGGAUAGUACAUUGUAAAGUCAACAGCAGGAGGUGUUUAGUACAGGUUUUCCUGGUUGAGGGAGUGCUGUUACAAUGAAAAUGGUCAACAGCAUUAAACGUAGACCAUGAAAUAAUUAUCAGUUUUGUGUGGUCCAUCUACCGGAGCUGUUGCCGUAUACGUUGAUGAUUGAAGAUUUGUUUGGAACGUAUGAAUGAAAAGCGACAUUCAUUCUUGGUAGUGGUGUUUUUCUUCCCAAAUCCAAUAACGAUCCCGCUUGAGGCUCAAAUUUUGAACCCAGCGAAUCAGGAAAGUGUGCGAUGUGAAUAUCAAUUACCACCCAGGGAGGGACCCAUCCGUUGAGAUUAAUUGCAUAAUGAGUAGUUAUUAACUGUCCGCCAAGUGCCAUCGGGCAACAAUCGCGCGUUCCAGUCCAGUCCAGUCCAGCGCUGUGCUGUGGUGCGUGCGUAUCAUUUAUGGAAGCGCGAAGCGACAAAAUCAAACAAGUAUUCCCGGGGCGUGGGCCAGAUGCCGGCCAAGGCGUUGAUCCGUGAAAACAUCCUCCCCGAUUAACUUUGCGAGCAACCAUAAGACAAGUUUCGCGCGCCGCGCCAGUAGGUAUCAAUCUUCAUCGGCGCACAGUAGUGGUAAAUGAGUGCUUCCGUUUGGUCGGAUUUUAUUACAAGCCGGAAGAGUGAGUGAGUGUGUACAAUGAGCUGGCGUUAUCGAAGAGCUUUGGUUGUUUGCGGAUUGCUUCUGACAGUGGCCGUUCAGCUGGUUUGGACAGCCAAAAGUCAGGAAUAUGGAUCCAACGGCGGUUCAACGAGAGGCUUCAGCAAUACAACAGAUUUUUUUACAUGCUGCUCAGAUGUCUACGGUUCGUGCAAAGUGGCGUGCGAAAACCUUUCCCUGCUCAAACUAUCAGCGGACAGUGGCGCCAAGGAUUGGAAACUCCAGGAGCUCCGCCGGAUGUGUAUACCGUUGGCGUCACCAUUUUGGCAAUGCGUCAAUAGCACCCUAGCAUUGAUUCAGCGUGGCAUAACAUGGCCCGGUCGAUCCUGUUGCGAGUUGGCGAUGGCAAAAAGUUGUCAGAAUAGCUGCAUAUCGGCUUCCGGUCAGGAGGAUCUUCUUAAUGGUUGUCGCCUGAGCGAUGAGCAACGUUUGAUCAACUGUGUCCGGAAGCAGGAAGACGGCGAUAAUUGUUGCGCCAGUGCUCGCACCCCGGAAUGUUUGCUGGCUUGUAAAGAUAUCUUCCGGGGCCAUCAGACGCCGUCCCGGGAACAGCGGGAACUUGUACAAAGUAGAUGUAGUAAUAAUAAUACCAAUAUUUUACAAUGCAUAAAAAGUUACGUAGAUGUAACUGUAAACGCUAAUUUGAAACAAUAUCUACCUUGCUGUGAUCAAUCGGAAGAUGGUAAUUGUAAAAAGGCUUGUCGGGAGGCUCUCUCGGACGGAAGCUAUACGGAGGAAGAAUCUAUCGAUGUCCUACAGAAUGCAGGCUGUGGAGCUCCGUUACCGCACGAUCCACUGUGGAAAUGUUUUUUCUCCUUGGGUAAGCAGAUGGUUGCACCAGUUAACUCCAAGGAGGUAUCCCGGAUUAACCAGAUUGGGAUGGAUUCGGCGAAGUUGCACUGCUGCCUAAAAGCCAACUCAACUCGCUGCCGAAAGUUUUGUGUCUCAACGUAUUCCAACGAGUGGACCACAAAUUUGUCCGAGUUUGAGUUCAAUUGUUUAGCUGAUCCCGAAGAGUACGUUUUGAAGCAGUGUAUAGAUGAAGUUGACGAACCCUGCGAGCUUGGCUGUGACGGAUUGUCCUUCUGUAGUAACUACAAUAAUCGCCCAACGGAACUGUUUCGUAGCUGUAGAUCCCAGUCAGAUAUUGCCGCCCAAAACGAUGUAGAGCUAUGGCGGCAGCAAAAUUUCGUCAAACUUCCUGGAGUUUAUAUGGCGAUCCGGAAUAUCAGUGAAUGCUCCCUAGAUACGUGGAAAUCGAUUGCAUGUUUGCUGCAGAUCAAACCCUGUACAAAAAAUUUCCACACAAACCGGAUCUGUCGGGAAGAUUGUUUCGAAGUUUUAGGAAGAUGCGUCGAUUGGAGUAGGAUGGCGACUAAGCAUUCGAUAGCAUCGUUGUGCAACAUGUUUUCACCAGAAGAUGACAGUGAAUGGGAAUGUAUUUCUUUGGAGCGCUUCCAAGCGGCUAGUGACGAACCUUACAGGAACACAAACGUUGCCCUGGUAUCUCCUUGUAAAGGAAAUCCCUGCAAUUCAUCCCAAGUAUGUAUCUCCAACAGGGACGGAACUUAUGGGUACAAAUGUGCGAUCGGUUGUCCUCUUGGAGAAGCCUCCUCUUAUCUAGUACCAGAAGGAACUUUUGUACGUAUUCCAGUGUCUUUCACCCAAAAAGGGUGCCUCAAAGUGUGUCGAUGCGGUUCGAAUGGAAAAAUCGAAAAAUGUCAACCACUCCCAUGCAUCAAUUAUGACUCCUGUACAUUAGGAGCAAAGAAAAUACCUCAUCUGUCGUUUUUCAACGUGGAAUGCAACAUUUGCAGCUGCUUUGCUGGUGAGAUCACGUGCACCAAAAGGCAAUGCCGCAUCAGUGGCUUAACGUCCGAUAAAUCUUUUACUAGUCUACCCUGCAACUGUCCAGCUCAUUAUGUGCCGGUGUGCGCAAGGAAUGGGAAUACUUACCCUUCGGCUUGUAUUGCCAAAUGUGCCGGUAUUCAGGAUGGGGACAUUGAGUUCGGUCCUUGCCGGGCCAGAGAUCCCUGUGAUGGUGCCGAAUGUGGCCCCCUUUCGAUGUGCAUUCCCGAUAGGAACGUUUGCCUGUCAAGUAUGCACAAACCUUGUCCGCAGUUUCGAUGUGUCAGCCUCGCAUCAGCGAAUUGUUCGGUGAUAAGCGCCAUUCGCGACACCAGCCUCAACGUCUACCCGACCAUAUGCGAUCUGGUCAAAGACGGUGGCCUGUUUGCGUACCAGGAAAGGUACAUAAAAUUUUGUGAAACUUCCCGGAAACGAACCCAGGUGUGUGCCGUCAACGGAAUAACCUAUCGUAGCGAGUGUGAAACGUGGGGCGACUAUUCGACUACGGAUUACAACGGCCCUUGCCAGGAAGUCGGUGUUAUUGGGGAAUCUUUGGAAGCUAAAUGUUCCUCGAUUAAAUGUCCCAAACGGAAGGCAACUCAGUGUAAUCUGGUGAUUCCGCCUGGAGCAUGUUGCCCGGUUUGUGGAACCGCCCUGAGGAUUGUUUAUUCUAGGAAGCAAAUUGAUCGAGCGUUGUACGCUCUGAAAGGCCGAGAUACGGAGAUAUUAACGCUCAAAUCUAUUCUUCAAUCGCUGGAACGGCUACUGCAAACGGUGGAAUGUCGCAUCAGUGGGCAGCUAACGUUUGAGAAUGAUAUUUUUGUGAUCGUUGAAAACUUGAGUAGGAAUCCGAACCAUUUGCAGGUGGAAAUAUGUGCACGGGAAGCCGAAAGACUGGCUACGCUAAUAAGGACUCAAAAUCAUAGGAUUACCAGUGAACUGAAUCUGAGUGCUCUUACUGUGGCUAAUUUAGUUAAAAUAAAUGCUCAAGGAAACUCCAGUGUAAAAUCAUCGGAGUGGAAAACUGUUGUAGGAUUUGUUUGUUUUAUCUUUCUUUCAAUCAACCGAGUCUGAAGGCAUUCGGUGAAUUAUGAAUUAACCAUUCAAAGAAGUUGGAUUUAAAGUUGAACUGUUUUGUAUACAAUUUCAUCAAUCACAAUUGGUUUUUAAAAGUUAUUUUCUCCAGCUUCGAUCAAAUUAGCCAAAUAAUAAUUGGAUAAAUAUAUCAAACCGUAGGGACCUUUUCGAUGUUCUCUUGUAAAGGCCAGGUGUAUUUGCAACAAAAGUUGAUCGUCAAGAUUAGUUGUUAUUGUUAUUCAACUUGUCAGCUAAUCGGCAAUUGCAUCUGAGCGAUGAAAAAUAAAUCUAAAUCUGUGACAACAGUGCUGAAACAUUUGGUUGAGAGUUUGAAAACCGGACAAGAAACAAAAUACCAAACGAAUACCAAAACCAGAACUUAAAAAAAUGUAAAUAAGCCAAAUAUUUAUAAACGAGAAAAAAAUACUCAUACAAGAUUAUAACUAUUAAAAGCCGAUUUUAAACAGAAACAGGGAUGUAGUAAAUAAGUUUGGCUUGAGUUCCAAUGAAAAUACCGAGCGACUAGUGCCAAUCCCACAUAUAAGAGACUGUGAUAUAUGUCUAAAGCUGAAUCGUUCAAAGCGCCAAAGUGUUUAAACGGAUGCAAUAAAAAGUCUAGUCGAAAAUGUUUUAUAGACACAUAACACAUAACAAUU